AUGUUCAAUAUUUUUGUGAUUUUUGCACUCAUCACCCUCCUCAUUGAUGGGGGGAGUACAGCUGGUGUGGAAGAUGUGUGCCAGAGGAGAUGCAAUAAAACAGAGAUUUACAUGGAGAUUGAUUUUCAAUUUAACAUCUGCUACGUCUACGAUGAUGGAAAUUCGAGUAAUUUGGGGCAGAUGAUUUGGGCAGCAAAUCACCGAGACAUUCCUGAAGAGUUCUUAUUCCUUCUGGAAGUUCCUCUGGUUAUUUCUAUUCCCUUCGAUGCUGAUCUUUUUGUCAUAGAUGGGAAAAAUAUUCAUGAAGAUCAUAAAAUGCGCGAAGUUAAAAAAUUGAAGUAUGAAAUCGACCCAGAAUGUGAACAUCUGGAACAAACAAAUCCUCAGGAAAAUCUUGAAAAUCUGGAAGAAAAUCCUAUAAAAUACAAAAGCUGUAAAGAAGAAAAACACGAGCUGGAAUUUCAAGACAUUCCAAAAGCAGAAGAAAUUCCCAAAGAUUUCCACGUCAAAGAUUUUGUGAAAAAUGAAGAAUUUACCUGGAAAUUACACAAAGAAGAUGAUUUAUUGGAUGAUCCAGAGGAUAUGCCAGGCAGUUUUGAAUCCGAGGAGGAGCCUUCAGAAAUUUAUUAUGAAGAAGAUUGCUGGGAAUUCGAUGAGGCUGCGGUAAUUGUUUCUAGCCAGGAACCUAUUGAUACGAUAAAUCAUGAAAAAUUUAUGGAAAAUCAAGUUAAUUCUGAAGGAAAGCAGCAGGUAGAUCAAGAGUUUUUUGAAGAUAAAUUUGAAGAAAAGCAUCAAGAGUAUUCUGAAAUUAAACAUGAAGAGAAGCAAGAGGAAUUGCGGGAGUAUCCUGAAAUAAACUCUGAAAACGAUCAGGAAGAUCAGGAGAACCCAGAAAUAAAACCUGAAGAAAACAAGGAGGAGCUUGUUUAUACAGAAGUUCCAGAAGAGGAGCAGCAAGAAGAUCAGGGAAACCCAGAGGAAAAAUCUGAGGAGAGGCAACAUGAAUACCCCAAGAAUUUCGUAAUUAAUUUUGAGGAAAAGCAGCAAAAAGAGCAGGGACAUCAGAAGGAUUAUAUAGAUACAAAAACUGAAAUGAAGCAGCAGUAUCAGGUGUAUCCAGAAGACACACCUGAAGGAAAUCAUCAAGAAUAUCCUGAAGUAAUACUUGAUGAAAAGCAGGAAUAUCUAAAAGAAGAAGAAAAUAAUCCUCAAAAUCUGGAAUAUUCACAAAUUAAUACUGAAGAGAUGCAAAAGGAGAAGGCGGAGUACUCUGAAUUUGAUCCUGAAGAAAAACACCAUGAAGAUCAAGAAUAUCCUGAAAUAGAACAAGAAAAGAAGAUUCAGAAUUAUGUGGAAAUGAAACCAGAAGAGAACCAAAAGGAAAAGGAAGAGUAUUUCGAAGUUUUUGAAGACAAGCAAGAGAAAUAUCACGAGGAUAUAGAAUUCAUACCUGAAGAAAAACCCGAGGAGAGGCAACAGGAAUACCCUGAGAUUUUCGAAAUUAAUUCUGAAGAAAAGCAGCAAAAAGAGCAAGAACAUCAGAAUGAUUUGCAGGUAAAACAAGGGUUUAUAGAAGUUAAACCGCAAGAAUAUCAGGAGUAUCCAAAAACUGAAUCUCAAAACAAGCAACAUGAAGAUCACAAGAAUCCGGAAAUCAAUCCUGAAAUAAUGCAGGAGUUAAAUCAAAUGUAUCCAGAAGUUGAUCCUGAAAAUGGAGAAAUUAAUUCUGAUGAGAUGUACCAGAUAGAUCAGGUGCUUCCGGAAAUUAAACCAGAAGCAGAGCAGCAUGAAUAUCUGGAGUAUCCAGAACAUCACGAAGAAAAACCGGAUGUACAAAAGUCUUCAAAAAAUACCAUAGAAAACAUACAAGAAAAUCUAGAAGUUUGCCAUGAAGAGAAUCACAACGAAAAUGAAAAUUAUUCAGAAGUCAAAGCAGAAGAAAAUUCGCAAAAUAAUAAUGAAUAUUUCGAAAUUGAACCUGAAGAGAAGCAGCAGGAAGAGCAGGAGCUCACAGAAUUAAUACCUGAACCAGAGAGUCACGAAAAUGAGUUUCAUCCUGAAGAAAAGGAGCAUGAAAAUCAAAUCAAUUCGGAAAUAAUUCUUGAAGAAAAGUACCACGAAGAGAAUCUUCUAAAGGAUAAUAAGCAUCUAGAAAAUAAAUCUGAAAAGCAGCAAUACGAAGAACAAGAGUAUCUUGAAGCUGAGCUUGAAGAGCAGCAGAAGGAUGAUCAAGACUACACAGAAGUUAAUCAUGAUGAAAAGUUCCACGUAAAGCAUGAAUUUUUUGAAGUUAAUCUUGAAGAGGAGCCACAAAUACUUCAUGAGCAUCCAGAAAUUGAAUCUCAAAAGAAUAACGAAGAUGAGGAGAGUCCAGAAGUUGAUAGAAUAAAAGAUAAAGAGACUACAGAAAUUAUUUUGAAAGAAAACAAUCAGGAAAAUCAGGAUUAUUUAGAAGAAAAUUUUGAAGAUAAUCCGUCGAAGAAUAAUGUGCAUCUAGAACUUGAACAUAAAGACAAGCAACAGCAACAUGUAGAGUACAUAGAAAUUGAAGAAAAGCAGCAGGAAGAGCAAGAAGUUCAAGAGUACGCCGAAUUUAUUCCUGAACAGAAGAGUCAUGGAAAUAAAAUAUAUCCUGAAUUUUAUCCUGAAAAGGUGCUGCAUGAAAAUCAAUUCUUCCCAGAAGUUAAUCCGGAGGAAAAACCUAUAGAAGAAAAUCUGCAAAAAGAUUAUGAGAAUCUAGUGAUAAAACUUGAAGAGCAGACACAGGAAGAUCAGGAGUACACUGAGAAAAAUUCCGAUGAAAAGCUUCAUGUAAAGCAUGAGUUUCUGGAAGUAAAUCCUGAAAAUCAGCGGCAGGAUGACGAAGGAUAUUCAAAAAUAUUUACUGCAGAAAAUCAGCAGGAAUAUCAAGAACAUAAAGUAAAACAUGAAGAAAAGCAACAUGGGCAUCCAAUAAUUAAACCGUUAGAUCAGGAUAGUCUUCCAAAUCAACAGCAGACUGGAAAAUUUGUCAAACAAAACUUUCCGAAACAUUUUCUUCGUGAAAUUCCAUUGAAGCAGCUCCAGCCACCUGAAACAAGUUAUCCUGAAGUACCCGUGAAAUCCAAUGAACAGACUCAGCAACUCCCAGAGAAGGAAUUUGAAGUAGUCCAACCGCUAGAACAUCAAGAACUAGAAGGAAGCCCUGAAGAACAGCCGUUGGAGCAUGAAGAUGAACUUUUGGAUGAGCACGACCCACAAGAAAUUCCUUCUGAGGAUGAAUAUUCAAAUCAUCCCCAUAUGAAGUCGUCUGGAAGUGUCCCGAAGUAUAAACUUCAUAAAAAACAAUUCCAUCCGAAUUAUUUGAGAAUGAGAAAAAUUGGAAAUCAACGGAGGAGAAUUCCUGCGGAGACAUUCUAUGGAGGGAGUAAGUGGCGUGUGCAGCGGGGUCCCCAUGGGGGGCUAUGGUUUUGCAAUCCUCUGUAUAGAAUAUGUCGUCGGGCAAUAAAGUAUUGAAAUUGAUUUUUA